CUUUAAGAUUGAGGUUAUUUUUAUGACAUUGAAGUUUGUCUCGUGAUUAUCAUUGAGAAGGCGCGAUGCACAUCUUAUAAACUACUGAAAAAUGUUUGAACACUCUGUUAGAGUACCAAGAAAUUUUAAAAUAUCUGCAAAUAUUGUCAAGAAAGUAGCUACGGAAGGCGGCGGUGUUAAAAAUUUAUUAUACGAUAAUAAGCUCCGACAUUUCAGAACUAAUGUUAUAUAUGCUCUUAUAACGGAAACUAUUAAACAUGCUGCUCAUAUAGACAAGCUCUUCGAAGCUACAGGCAUUUUAGAAAAAGAACAGCGCUUAGAUCCAUGGCUAGCUCGAGUUUUAACUACAGAACUCUUAUUUGGCAAAAAGGAGUUGCCCGGUUUCAGCAAACCAGAGCAAGCUAUUCUGAGUUACAAAGAACAAUUUGAGAAAAUACCAGUGCAACAUGAUGAAGUAAAAUCUGAAGUUCGUAGACCCCGCUAUGUGAGGAUAAACACAAAUCUAUUGACUACAUCGGAUGCUAUCGGGGCUUUUCAAGAUGAAGGCUACAGGUUCAUCAGAUGUACUUCAGCAUCGUACAAUGAUUAUUUACAACAAAUACAAGGCUUAUCGGAAUAUGAUUUCACGCAAGACUAUCACAUAAAAACCAUGAUGGUUUUCCAUCCUGGCACCAAGUUCCAUAAUCAUGAAUUGUAUUUGGAAAAUAAGAUUAUACUACAGGAUAAGGCUACAGCUCUGCCGGUGCAACUGCUAGCUCCUCCACCAGGUAGUGUAGUGUUGGAUAUGUGUGCUGCACCAGGCAUGAAAACCACACAAGUUGCUGCUUUCAUGAGAAAUCAGGGAAAAGUGUAUGCCGUGGAGAGAAAUGAAAGCAGAUAUCAAACGCUAUGUGAUUUUGUUGAAAAAACCGAAUCUAAAUGUGUGACAACAAUGCACAGAGAUUCAUUGGAAAUCAAAAGGGGUGACUGUGAUGAUGUUGAAUAUAUAAUUCUAGAUCCAAGUUGUUCUGGUUCAGGUAUGCAGCUUUCAGUUCACAAUUAUGUGGAAGAUGUAAGACUCGCUCGUCUCACAUCGCUUCAAGAGAAAUUCCUAAAACACGCCAUGAACUCGUUUCCGAAAGCGAAAAAAAUCGUUUACAGCACAUGUUCCAUAUUCCCAGAGGAAAACGAGCGAGUUAUAUCCAAUGUAGUCAAAUCUUCUCGAGCUAAAUGGAAAGUGCUAAAUGUUAAAGAUCUACUCAAGGAACAGUGGAAUAAUUAUGGCUCGGGAAUGUACGGUGAAAUGGGUACACGGUGCUUGUACGCGAGACCAGAGUCCGACAUGACUACAGGAUUCUUUUUGGCAGUUUUGGAAAGAGAUUUAAAACAAGAGAAUGUCACGGGAAGUAAUGAAGUUGCAGAUGAUGAACUUGAUCGGAAAAAGGCGAAAAAGAAUAAAAAACACGUCAGUGAAGACACAUCACCGGAAGCUGAAACGAAUGAACAAAAUGGUGGUGGCAAGUCCGAAAAUCAUAAGAAGAAGAAGAAAUCAAAACACGGAAAAGAUAGAGUAGAUGAAGUAAUAGUGGAAGGAGGAGAAAUCACCACCCAUCAUGAAAGCAGUGAAGGUGUAAAACGUAGAAACAAAAGAGUUGAGACAGGUUCUGAAAAUGUUGUAGAUUGUGUUGAAGAUAUAAAUGCGGAAACAGAUAAUUUUAAACAAAAGAAGAAGAAAAAGAAAAAAGAUAAAGAUUUAAGUGAAGUUUCGGAAAAUCAGGAAACCAGUUUGAAUAACGAUGGAGUGAUUAGCACCGAGGUUAAUUUAGAAGAAACUGAGUUGCCUAAAAAGAAAAAGAAAAGAAGUAAAAAUAACGAAUUGAUAGAAAAUGAUGAUGUACCAGAAGGAACUGAAAAAGAUAUACAUGUAGAUGUUGAAACCGAAUCAUCGACAAAAAAGGGGAAAAAGUCGAAACAUUCUCCCGAACUGGUUCACGGCAAUGAUGAGGUGGAACCAGUUAAGAAAAAGAAGAAAAAGCGUACCAAGGAGUAAGGAGUUUUGUAUGUUUU